CAAGAAAUUAUGGCUAAAGUUCCAAACUUUGAAAAUUCGUUUAAAUCAAUAAAUGAAGAAAUUCGCAAGAAUGAAGAAGGAAUGAUAACAAAAUUUGACAAACAAAAUGAAAAGUUUAAUGAUGAAAUACGAAAUAUAUUAUCAAAAUAUUAUGAACUUGAAAAAAAGUUAAAAUUUGUUGAUGAAUCUAUGAAAAAGUUGAGGGAAAACGAAAUGGUUGAACAUUUUGAUCUAAAAAGUAAAGAACUAGUUUCAAAGAUUUUGAUAGCACAGACCAAGUCGGGAGAACUUGAACAUAAAACCAAAGAUUUAGAAAUCUCGUUAAAUAACAAGUUUGAAGAACUUGGACAUAAAUUUAACGAAUUAGAAGUCUCGUUAAAUUGUAAAUUUGAAGAAUUUGAACAUAAAAUUAAUGCGAUUAGCAAGUCUGAUAGCCUAAUUACUCUAUUAGAGGAAACCAAAGUUGAGCUACAAACCCUUUUUAAAAAAGAAAUUAUUGAAAAUGAAAAGAACAUUCUUAACCGUCUUGAAGAAGAUAGAAAUAAAAAAUUGGAUUUAAUGAUUUCAACUGUCGAAGAGGAAGCGGGAAAAAUAUAUGGAAGAUUAGAAACUGUAGAAUCAUACUAUGAAAUCCUAAAGAGAGAGUUCAAGGAGUGUGAUGCCGAAAUAAUGAGAAGGCUGGAGGAAGACAACGUUACAUCUGAUCAAAUAAUUCGCGACAAAAUUAGUGAAGCGAUCGAAUUAUAUACUAGAGGAAAUGAUGCAAAGGUCGAUCAACGCAUUCGGGAAGCAAUCGAAUCAUAUGAAGCAAAGGUUAACAAACUUGCGGACACAUCCUUUGAACUUGAAGCUACAUUUAGUGAGGAAAUUCAAAAAACGGCCGAAAAAAGAACUCGUGUCAUGGAAGAAGAGAAUAAAAAAUUAAAGGAGCAAAGGCGUGAAUUGAAAAACAAAUUGGAAGCAAAAGAAGCCGAGUAUCUUGAAUGUAAAAAUGAGUGUGAUAAUAACGAUGAAAUAAUUACUGGAUUAGGGAAAGAUAAAUUUGAGUUGGAAAAUAAAGUUCGUCAAUUAAAAUCUGAUCGAAAACGACUUGAAACUCAAAUUAAAGAAAAGGAAGAUCAUGCCCACGAAAUAGAAAGAACUUAUAAGGAAAAACUAGAUGAAAAUAACGAAGAAAUCAGAAAAAUGAAAGUUAAUUUUGAAAAGCUUGACCAACAAAUUAAAUCGGCAGAAAUUGAUAAAUUUUGGUAUAAAGGAUGGUUGUACGCUUCUCUAGCUAUUGUUGUGGCCCUUUUAAUAGCAAAUUUUUAUCUUCUCGUGAACCCUUUCGAUAACAACUGGUACUUUGUCGCCAGUCUUGGACCUGCCCCACAAUAGUCUGAUUCAAGGUUCAUUAUAUAAAGUUGCGUAUUGAUUGCUUGAUUAUAAAGAAUUCAACAUCCUAUUUUAUUGCAUUACAAUUUAAUGGGUGAAAAUUGUCAUUUAUUGAAAGAAUAUAAUCAUUCAUUCAUGAAUUGGCUUUACUGUAAUUUACGAAAAUCUUUCAUACAUAUA